AAGUGCCCUUUCCCAAAGCUAACAUAGAGGGCACAUGACUACCAAUCUCUAAUCAGCGCCAAUCCACUCACGCCCUCCGGCCCAGUGCCAUUGACAUACUUUGUGCCCCGCAUUGUCACGGAUUGGCAAGAUCGAAUCGUGAGGGAACAAAAAAUCAUAGAAGAGACAUACGCGGUUAGGCCUAUACCUCACCUGAGGUUGGCAAAUGGUAGCUGUGCAGCGAGCCUUAAGGCCAUUUUUUCUAUGAAUUACUUUUAUUUGCGUGGGCGGGAGUUAUAUAUGUACCUGUGUACAAUGAAAUAUGUAAAACUGUCUUUCUUUGGGAUUGUUGUAUUGUGGUUCUUCAUCGCCGUGCUCUCGGUCGAAUGGUGUUUGCAACUAUGUUUGUAUGUUGAGUGUAUCGUGAUUCCGGACAUGGACUAGGGAAAAAACAAUUUAAUAAAGAAGGUGAUGCUCAUGCAAUGACACACGGCGAGAAGAAACAUGACCAACAAAGUCUUUAUCGUUUUUGGUAAUUGGUUGGCUCAUUUUUUUGAGGUGGGGACAUUGAAAUCCUUUUCUGUCCUCCUCAAUUAUAUCGUCAGAGAUCUGGAAUCCACAACAGGACGAGUUGGAAUGUUCGUUGGCAUGCAUCAUGCUGUCAAUAUGAUGUCAGGUAUUAUUGCGAAAGUGCUUCUUCGUCGCUAUUCCCCUCGUUCCUUGGCUGUUAUAGGUGGAAUUACAGCAUCGUUAGGACUCAUGGCAUGUUCCCAAGUCAACAAAGAUAUUUACUUUGCAAUCUGUCUUAUUUUCUCAGGGCUAGGGAUGUCCUUUAUGUACAUCCCGAACGCGGUUUCAUUGGUGUAUGCAUAUGAGGAUCAAUACAUGUUGCCUUUAUCAAUCGGCUCAAUGGGUGCCGGAAUGGGCAUGAUGGUCCUACCUCUAUUAACGCAGAGACUGUUGGAGGCCUACAACUGGCGAGGUGCUCUUCUCGUCAUCGGAGCAUUAAAUCUUCACACGGCUGUAUGUGGAACAUGUCUGGAUCCAACUACUUUGAACAGCGGUAAAACAUCACCGCCGACUCGUCAUGACUCUUCGACCAAGCCAGGCUCUAUAAAGUAUCAGGAAGAUGACGAUGAUAGCGACUCAAUGUUAUUUCGGUGUUUCCACAAGGCUUCGGAUUCGAUUAGGAUUGCUUGUCGUGAAGCGGGUCUGCAUGUCUUCAGCGAGUACCCUCUAAUCAUUUAUGCAUUUCUGGCAGCAUGUCUUCAUGGGAUUUCUUAUUCUGGUUGGACUGUGUACGUAAUUUCCAAUGCAGAAUCAAAAGGCGCUGCUGAAGCAGUUGCUGUGCUGCUCUCUCUUGUAAGUGGAAUAACAAAUAUUACAGGUCGACUAAUGCCGGGACUCUUUAACUUUCUGAAUAAAGAUGUGUUUUCAUCAACGAUCUUGUUCAUCCUGUUUGGCAUCAUCGGUGCAUUACCACUUUGUAUGAAUUGGAUAUCAACUCGUUUUUCAAUGUUAUGCGUCUUUGCUGCGAUCAGUGGUUUUGCUUUAGGGGCAAAGUCAGUCCUAAAGAAUACCAAUGCAUUAGACGUUGUUCCACGAUAUCUAUCAUCUACGGCUCUAGCUUUCACUUUCAUAUGUGCAGGACUUGGUGAAAUAACAGGAGGGUGGAUAACAGGACUCAUAUUUGACGUCACGGGAUCCAUGGACAUGGCUUUUCUUUUCCUUGGAUGUGUAGAUAUUUUCUGCGUCAUUGUCCUUACCUUAAGCAUACUUCAUGGAAAGAUCAUUUCAUCGAAAUGAGUAACUUCGCCAUUGGUAUACCUACCGUGGGUUUGAAUUAUAGUCUAGUUCAUGGGAAAUAAAUGAUUAACUGAAACCGAAGAAGGGGGAAUAACACAAAUUCAAUCACUUAUCAAAUAGCAAACGGAAAGAAGAACUAUAUCAAGAACACAACUAAAUGAAAUUGAACUGAAUGAAGUCUGGUAGUGCACUGGUUUAUUAGAGGGGCUGCUUCGCCACAUCGGAACUCAAAUCAUAUCACAGAAUUAACAAAUUCAAAUUAAGGAAUAUUAAUCAAUCAAAAUAUCAAGAACGAAGGAGCCAGCUUAAGGUAGAGGAGUCUGAUUUAUUAAAAUAACCAAUAAGAGAUAGUGGAUAAAGUUGAAUAACAUGAUGGGAUUAUUUAAAACUUCCUGUAGUACUGGUGUCUUGUAUAAGAUGAAAAAUAUUCUCCCAAGGGACAUAUUAAUGAAAAUUUAUGAUUCAACAAUCCUCCCCCAUUUAAAUUAUUGAAAUGUUAUUUGGGGGAACAUAUUCAAAACAAAACUAGACAAAAUUCAUAAGUUACAGAAACGCAUAGCUCGGUCAAUCACAAUAGUCAUCAUUUAU